UGCAAAACAAUUCCCCAGUAGCUAAACUGUGUUUAGAUAUUUUUGAAGUUUAUUCCAGCGAUCAAGACUUCCAGACUAUGGAGCAUAUGUAAUUAUUGGCCUUUCAAAAGGCCAACAGUUUUUCCGACGGCAUAGAAGUCGAAGAAAACAAUUAUGAUAUGAUUUAUUUGACCAUACUAUUUGCCUGGUUGCUGUGGAGAUAAUAGAAGAACUGAGAGUGUAUUUCAGGCUUUUGCUGAUCAUUAUCAUUAGCUAUUGGCAAAAACAACAGUAUAGUAGUAGACGCUCCAACUUGUAAUAUAAAAAGAUUUAUGUAUUUAUUGGAAGAUAUUUUAACAUACAUUCUAGAUUUUACUUUACCUUCGUCUGAGCAGUGAUCGGCAUACAAAAAUAUGUAUUGGGGAGCUACCACCAUGCAUUCUACAGCUAUCUUCACUAAUCCUUAUGCAAUAGAAGUUCUUCAGGCAAAAAAGAAGGAAUUGGUCGAAGGCAUUUUGAACACCGAGGAUCUGCUGAACCUUCUCAUUGACAAGGGAAUCUUUCCUCCAGAAAAGAAAAUGCUUCUGUUCCACAACAGAACACGGGUGGAAAAGAACUCCAGAGUUCUGGAUAUCCUGGUUUCCCAAGGUGAGCGAGCUUGCCGGCUUUUCUUCUAUCCUUGUUUGAAACUUGUUGAGCCUGACUUGUACCAGAGCAUCAAAACAUUUGUGGGUGGCCUAAAUGAGAGUGUGCAUGAUACUCGGAGGCAGCUGAUUGGAUACCUACUGGAGAGAGACAAGAGAAGCCCACUUAAAAACAGAUGGGACAUGGUCCCUAAGAAGAAUUCAGAAAAAGUAAUUCCACAGAAAAAUGAAACGUUUCCACUCAGGACGAAAGAACUGAAAACGUCAUUGGAAGGAAACGUAAGGGCAUCUAAGGUAGUAAAGCAAAAAUCUGGUGAUAUCUACGAUGCAGCUGCAAUGGGGAACCUUUCGUUAUUGGAGAGCCUUUUAAAAGGCAAUGAUGUGAACAAUGUCAGUUCAUCCCAGGAGACCCUCUUGCACAUUGCUGCCCAGCAUGGUCAACUUUCCAUUGUAGAGUUUCUUAUCAGUAAAGGGGCCAGACUGGACAUGAAGGAUGGCCAGGGCUACACAGCCCUGCACAGGGCUGCAGAAAAAGGCCACACGUCUACAGCCCAAGCACUGAUGCGAGCUGGGGCCGACAUCUAUGCUAUGGACAAGAAAUCCAAAAUGCCUCUCCACUUGGCAGCAAGGAACAGACAUCUCAGCACUGUCAAGGCCAUGGUGGAGGAGGAAAUCAGGCUGUUCAAAAAUCAGAAAACCUUCUUGCAUAUGGCUGCUGUGGAGGACAACGUGAACCUGGCUCUGAUUCUCCUAGAGAGUGGCGCCUCUGUGGAUGCUAGGGAUAACCAGAAGAAGACUGCACUGUUUUAUGCCAUUAGCCACAGCUCUGAGAAAACAGCGAGGGUUCUUCUUGAGGCAGGUGCCCAAGUAGACUCUGUCAUCAUUGAUGCAGCAUUUAAUCUAAACUCCCAGUCUAUAUACAGCCUUCUUCUGGACUACGUAAAGGGUCUGACCCCAGACAAUGUAAAGGCUAUGCUUUUCAAAGCUGUGCAGAGAAACAUGGAGGGGAUUGUAGCAGCUCUGAUAGAAAAUGGUGCGGACGCAAACGCGCACAAUGAACUGCACUACACGCCUCUGCUUCUGGCUGCAGAGCUGGGCAAUGUGGAAACUGUCAGGGUGCUGGUUGCCAAAAACGCCAGUUUAGUAGCAAAACUGCCGAAUUGCAACUCCGCUCUUCACCUGGCUAUCCAAAGUGGUAGCCUGGAAAUGACAAAACUGCUGCUGGACAAGGGUCUGGAUGCCAAUAUGGCUGGGCUCAAUGAACAGACACCCUUGCACUUGGCAGCCUUGUACAACAAGCCAGUUCUAGUGGGUACACUGUUGCAUGCAGGGGCUCAGGUGAAUGCUGUCACUAAAGAGGGACUGACUCCCCUUCAUGUUGCCAGUCAGCACAGCCACGAGGAGACAGUACUCCAGCUAAUAAAGGGCAAAGCCAGUGUCCAUGCGAAAGACAAGCAUGCCAGGACGGCCCUGCACUAUGCCGCUGCUCAAGGAGGCGCUCCCGUGGUGCAGCUCCUGCUUUCUUCCGGGGCUGAUCCCAACGCCGCCGACAAGGAGAAGAGGACCCCAUUGCACAUGGCAGCCAUGGAGGGCAGGUUGGAAGCGGUCUCUGCCAUGCUGACGCAAAAGGCGCAGAGCAGAGUCAAGGACAUGGACGGCUGCACGCCUCUGCAUUACGCGGCCGCCAACGGGCACACGAAGGCAGCGGCGGACCUCCUGUCCUCUGCGAAAAACAAAAACGUGGACGACAAGAACGUGUGGCGGAGGACGCCCCUGCACAUGGCGUCGGAGCAGGGUCACGACGACCUGAUCGAGCUCCUGCUGCACAGCGGUGCCAAGAUCAACGCCAUGGAUAACAACAAGGACACCCCGCUGCACUGUGCCAGUCGUUGUGGGCACAUUGGGUGCGUCCAGAGGCUGGUGAGUCGGGCUCAGGGUGAGAAAGCCAACCUGCAGGCCACAAAUAAUGUGAAGAAAACACCGCUGCAAGUGGCCGAGUCCAAGGACAGCCAGAACCAUCAGCAAAUUGUCACCCUGCUUAAGAAGAAGAUGUUUCUCAUCAAAUAGUGCAGUACCGUCCAGCACAUUGAUGAGAAGAGUGUUUACAUGUGGUAAUCAUCCAAUUUAAGACUAGAAUAUUUACUUGAAGUAAAUCGAUUUGUAUGAUUUUUUGAAACAACA